GUCUUCUGGUCAAGUAUUUUCUGGUGGUACAUCUCAUGCUCUUAAAAAUGAAAUGCAAGAUCAUUUCUGGGCUAAAGAAUACCAGAUAAAUGAUAUUUCUUUGAGCCAGUAUGGUACACUUUUGUUUUGUGCUACUUCACGGUCUGUACAGAUAUGGGAUUUGAGAAAGAUGCAGUGGAUUGGUGCUCUGAAUGUUGGAUAUCAGGCAAAUGUUCUUUGCUUAGCUGUAAAUGAUAUUGAAUUUGAAAAAAUUAGAAUUAUUUGUGGAUCUCAAGAUCAAUCAAUAAAAGGUUUUGAAGUUAAAGAAGAAAAUGAUUAUGGAGUUCACCAUUCUCACUUCAGUCUAUCUCCUCCUCAUUAUGAUGCAAUUCAAGCAUUAGCCAUAAGUGACAAUACCCUGUUUUCUGGUUCUAGGGAUAUGUCCAUCAAAAAAUGGGAUUUGAAGCAUCAGGUUGUAGAGCAUUCUGUUUACCAAGCUCAUAAAGACUGGGUGUGUUCUUUAAAUGUUCUGCAAGGAAAUGACAAAUUUGUUAGUGGCUGUAGGUCUGGGUACAUUAAGUUAUGGUUGAGCAAUAAAUGUGAAAUGUUAGAAGAAGUCAGAGCUCAUGGGUCUUCCAUUAACAGCAUAGCAUCUAAUAGUUCACUUAUUUUCACAGCUUCUAGCGAUUGUACUGUGGGUGUAUGGAGAAUGAUCAAAGAAAAACAUUCCGGACUCAGGGUUCUAAGAUAGGUCUUAAAGAAUUUCUGAACUUUGGUUACAUUCCAUUUUAAUACAUUAAUAUGUGAUAUUAGUGCCUUAGCAUUUGAAUAGCCUGUACAACUUUUUAUGUAGGUAAUGUUGAGUUUGUAAUGUUAUUUUGAGACCUUCAAACACUAACUUAUGUCACUGACUUAUAUUUACUGAUAGCUUAAUGGACUGCCCAAUCUUCAUAGGCACAGGCUAAUAAUUUUAUAUAAUCAGAAGACUGAAUUCAAAUAUUUUAAAUUCGAUAUUACACGUAAAUUGUAUGUUUUAGGAUUUUCUAGUUCUAAAAUAUUAUUGCAACUUUAAAUUUGAAAUGCAGAAAUGAAGAAUUAGAAAAAACAUUUAAUGAUUAAAAUUAUAUGUAGUCAAACACUAUUAUAAGAUCAUACUUAUAGAUUAACAAAAGGGAGCUUAUUUGUAACAAUAUAAAGACAUAUAAUGAUGAUAAUAUAAAAUAUUAAUAUUGACACCAGUUAAAAAUUUUAAGCAUUCAAUGUAUAAUUUAUGUAAUUAAAAUUUAAAUGUAUGUUGAUGCUUCAUUUAAAAUUUAUUUACCUGAUUUUUAGACAACAUGGCAUAGGAAUUUAAAUUAAAUCAAAAACUCUCUGAAAUUGACAUAAAUUUGUAAUACAUUAUUAUUUUUUUCAGUAAGAAUUGAACAGCUCUAAUAAAAUAAUACAUUGUUUUCUUUCAGAAGAAUUGAACAGCUCUGCAUAAAUUAUUACCAGGUUUUGAAAUUUUCUUUAAUAGUAUCAGAUGUUGCCAUUAAAAAUUUUACAUCUAAAAUACUAUCAUUUUGCUCAUUGGCAACUUUAAACCAAGUUAUCUACAUUACACAUUCUGAUCUAUCUAAGCACUACUGUUGUGUUUCUGAAGAUGCUCAGCUGAUUUACAAGAAGGAAUAUUGUACCUUCUUCCUCUACUUCUAUUAACAAAAUCAUACAUAUGAAGCAAUUCAAAAUCAACUACAUGAGUAUCACAUUUCAAGUUUUAAUAAUGCUGAAUGCUACAACUGAGAUGAAAAUGCAAAAUUAUUUUUGUUGUUAAAUCUGUAAAAUGCAACUAUUGCAUUUUAAUACAAAACUUAUAAUACACUGUUUGUGAGAUUUGGCAACAAGAAUAUAAUUCAGUUAAAUUUGGUAUGUGACCAAUCGAACCAUAUGAUUAUCCACAAUUAAUAAUGAUGUUUUAUUUCUUGAAAAAUAUUUAUGAGAAUUCUUAGUUGUACUUUUUUAAGCAUAUGCUGCUGUUAUUUUUCUGCCAGGCAGCAGUGCAGUUUCUUUAUUUUUUCCCUUUUUGUGUUAAUUUUAUACAAGUUAUGUGGCUUGAAUAACUUGCAUGCUUUUGAAAUGAAUUUUCCCAAAUUUGUAAUACAGUUAUCAUUAGCAAAUGGUCUUUAUAUAUAUAUAUAGAGAGAGAGAGAGAUAGAUAAGGUAUGUUUCAUGCGAAAUUUUCAAAUCCAGCCACUGUCAAAUCCCCCUUUCCUAAUUUUCUUGUAGCCAACAGGUAUUUUAGCCACAAAUGGAUAUCAGAAAAUUUUGAGUUCUUUGAAAUAUUUUAACCACCAUAUUAAAAGUGUCCUCCUGCCGGGAAAUGUUUCCUUUCCUCAUUGCUGUGUAAUGAAUGGUUCAGUAGCUGAAAUUUUGUUCUAAAAAUUCCAUGAAGUUUCAAGAAUUUUUUAAAAAGCUGUUUUAUUUUUUUUUACUUUCAUGGUUUGCUAAUAGAUGAAGCUGCUAUUUACAAAAUUUAAAAGUUGAAUGAAGGUUUAUGUUUAUGUGACUUUUUUGAACCAGUUGCUAAAUUCAAAGUUUCAAAAUAUAUUGUGUAAUUUACUCUCCUUAUUUAUUGUCCUGGGCCAGAUGUACAUUACACGCAAAUUGUAAGCCAUUGUAAAAGGGGAAAUUUUAAAUACUUCAAGUAAUUUAAUUACCACAAAAAUACUGAAACUCUUAAAUAUGUGUCUGGCUUAUAAAUUGGAGUGACCAUGUAUGUGAUAGAUUUGACCAAAUACUUUUUAAGUAUAGCACAACAAAUGGGAUUUUUUAUCAGUGUUUGACUUUUUAUUUCCCCAAGCUAAAAAAAAAAAAAUCAUAUCUUUUUCUGCUACUAAUGUAUUAAAACAUGCAAUUUAUGCUGUAAAUAGUUGAAUUUUCACUGUGCAAUGAUCUUACUAGACACACAAAAACUACUACAAAAUAAAUGUAUUCUUGACAUACAGCUCAGCUGCAAUUGUACAUCAGCCAACAAUUACAGCUGAUCAUGUAAUUCUUCUGGUAGCUUACACAUAAAAAAAAAGUAAAUAAAGGGAACAAAUAGUUAAAUUUUUUAUAGCUUUUAUACCUAUGUCUAUAAUAGCUAAAACUAGUAAUUUUGUUAAUUUCAUUCAUUAUUGAAAUGCUUGGUAGAAUUACAUUUGGCCUGUAAGCCUAGGUUGGGUAACUCUGUUAUCAUUAUAGAGUAACUUUUUUAGAACAUAUAUAUAAGUAGUUGAGAUAUAUACAUAAAUAGUAAUUGUUUUUUUAUCUAUAAUUUUAUGUUUCCCUAAUUAAGUAUUUAUUGUUUUAGACUUAAUAAUUUUAUUUAUGUUGAAGUAAAUAUACAGGUAUUCAUAAGAAUUUUCUAUUCAUUGAUUUUUAUAACAUUUGAAAAUCCUAAACAUGUUUUACUAUUAAUGAAAUAGUUUUUAUUUUUAAACUAAGCAUUUUUUACUAUUGAUAAAAUAGUUUUUAUUUUUAAACUUCAGAUAGUUAUAAUAUGUGAUUAUUUUUCACCCUUCAUGUUACAUUCAUGAGAAAGGGGAAAAUUAUUAUUUUUGGCAUGUGAUAUUCUUGAUUUUCACAGUAUAUUAAACACAAAAUUUAACAAUUGAGUACAUGUGGAUAUAAAAAUUGCUUAAUGUUUUUUAUUAAAUGCUUAAAACCCAAAUUUUAUGUUCGAUAAUUUCAGUGUAUAAUUCAGUUACUAAUGCAGGAUAUUAAAUACAUUUUUAUAAAAGUAGCUAGAAAUUACAAUCUUUAAAUUGCAUAUUAUUACUAUAAGGAUUAACACACAAUGUAUGUGCCUUAUAUUUUUGAUUACGUAAAAGUGCAUAUAUUUUAGUGAUGUUUUUAUAGUGUCAUUUUCUAAAUUGUAUAGUAUAAUUCAGUCUUGCAUAUUAUUGAGUAAAUUAAACGUCUCACAGUUUUCAGAACUUUGAAAUGUGCGUUUAUGUAAUUUAUCAUUUUUUUGUGGUACUAAUUAUGCUAAUAUCCUGAAAUACUUUUUAUUUACAUCUACAACGUUCCCAUUAAAUCUGACAACAGCAGAAUAAUUUUGUUCAUGAUCACUUACUCCAAGUCACGAAUAUUCCAGAUUUGAUGUCUUCCUUUACCCUAAUGUUAUGUGGCAGCUGUGGUGUAAACAAGCAUUCCAUUUCUUAUAAAAUAGGUUGUAUUUUUUAAUAUGUAUUUGUAUAUAGGAAGACUUAUUUAAAUAAAAAUAUUUAACAUAUAUA